UGGAGCACGGGCAGGCUGCUCUCGUAGGGUUUUCGUCAGGCGGACACAUUUCUCUCGCCUGCGUGCCGUGGUGUCUCCUGUGGACGAGCUCUCACUGGUUGCUUCCAGCUAUGUAACGUCUUUCGCCAGAACAUGGAGAUAGACCAGUGUCUGCUGGAGUCUCUUCCCAUUGGCCAGCGCCAAAGGCUGGUCAGGAGGAUGCGCUGUGAACAAAUAAGGGCGUACUAUGAGAGAGAAAAGAGCCUUCAGCGCCAGCAAGGUGGAGUCAAGGUUCGAGCCCUGCCCACGCACCGCAAGAAGCACCACGUCCGCUUCAGGCCCGCCGAUAUUAUACAGGAUGCCAUCGUUCAUCACAACGACAAAGAAGUGUUGCGCCUCCUGAAAGAAGGUGUUGACCCCAACACUCCCAUUUCCUCUGGGGGAUCCUUGCUACACUUGGCUGGAGUGAACGUUUUGCUUCAGGACAUCAAUGGAAACAUUUCUCUGGACUACGCCAUUGAGGGGACGGAGACCAGCUACAUCCUCCGAAAACACUUGGAGGAAAACGGUAAAGUUGGUAUUUAA